AUGAAGAGGACGGAGAGGCACAUGGUCAGGGGACCACUACAGAAACGCUUUGAUUUGGAGAGGAAGAAUGCCAAGCAGGCUGAAGACAGACUCAGCCAAAGACUGCAGAGACUAGAGGUUAUCUGCCUAUACCAUGUGAAGUUGCUGACCAGGGAGCAGAGACAGCUCCAAAAAGAACUUCAGAGGUUGCAACAAGAUAUCAUCAAGAAAAAGUUCUCCUCUUACUUUGAGAAUGGAAGUCAGAAGAGACCAGAAGAUGUUCUUAUGUUCUCAUCACAGGGAGGACAGAAGCACAGGGUUCUUCUACAAGCUAAUAAAUUUAGAGCACUGACAACAAAUACGAUCCAAGAAAUAUACAAAACCAAGUCCCAGAUGCCUCAUUUCCAUCACACUGGUCCCAAGGACCCCAUGAAAAGCAAAAGGCAGUCACUAUGUCAAAAUAAUAGAACUUCCCACUUUAUAGAAGAGAAGCCACAAGCCCAAAAGAAAUAUUCCAUAAACCCACUGAAGGGCAAAGACUCCAACAAGAGCAUCUCUCUUCUAUGUCAAGAUCAAGACGCCUCCACUCACACCCUAGACCAAGACCCAAGUUCCAGCCCAGCUGGUGGUAGCAGAAUGGCACACGGCAAUGAGACCAGAUCAAAUGAUGCCAACAAAAGGCCAGACCACACCACUGGGAAACAAAUUCCCCUGAAUCCCAUAGAAUGUGGAGGGAACUUCAAAGGCGAGCCCAAAACAUCAACCUAUUCAGAAUUGUAUGUAAAGGCCAGAAACACUCACUACCUCCGGCACCAGGUCCCCCCUGAGUCUGAGAGAUUGCUUAGCAUUGGAGAAAUCUUUGGUCACAAGGAAUCCUCACAGUCCAGAGCAGGAAAGGGGUGUAAAAACAGGGUGACCAUCUAA